CAUUGAUUAAUUUUACGCGCAUGCGCAGAUGGUUGUACUUGGAAAUUCUUCCAGCCCUUUUGUGCCAUUUUAAGCUUGAUUUCUUGUAUUGUUUUGGGGUUUUUUUCCCAAAAAGAGGCUCAUGCUAUGAGCAUCCAGCCUCUGAUCAUUCCUCCCUCCUGCAAUCUCAAAUAGUUCAAUUUUCCCCCUUAUUUCCCCCCUUUUUCCCCUCUUGAGUUUGCCCUAUAGCCUUCUUGGAAGCAGAUCUCCAUAGUGGCUGCCAGAAAAGCAUGGAUGCCACCCAGAAAGAAGCUGCCAUCUUGUGUGUCGUGCAGUCGGGUACCCUGAUGAUGGAGUACCUCCGUGCCAGCGGGGAGGCGUCGUCGGCAGCGGCAUCCCGACGUCGGUGGGCGUUUCUGCAAUCUCUAGGGCAGCGAGGCUGCGAGGAAGAGGAGGAGGAAGAAUCAGAUGAAGAAGAAGAGGAGGAGGAGGAAGAAGAAGAAGAGGUCUUGCUCACGCGGCAGACAUCCAGCGCUGGAUUUCGACGCGGUGGACGCCUCCGUUCAGUGGAGAGACGUUUCUGGGCCCGACCCCGGAGCACUGAGUGGUGGGACCGAACGGUUCUGGAGACCUGGGAUGACGCACAUUGGCUGCAAAAUUUCCGAAUGCGCAAGUCGACCUUCUUGGAACUCUGUACUCGGCUCGCCCCAGCCCUGCAGCGCCAGAAGACGCGGAUGCGGAUCCCUUUAAGUGUGGAGAAGCGGGUGGCGAUCGCACUCUGGAAGCUGGCCACCUCCGUCUGCUACCGGGACGUGGGCAACCAGUUUGGGGUGGGCAGGUCCACCGCUGGUUCGGUGGUGCUGGAGGUUUGCCGGGCCAUUCAGAGGGUGUUGAUGCGGGCCACUGUGACAGUGGGCAACAACCUGGCAGAGAUCAUUCAGGGCUUCAAGGAGAUGGGUUUCCCCAACUGUGCUGGCGUAGUGGGCACCACUCACAUGCCCAUUUUGUGUCCUCCUCACCAAGCGGCGGAAUACGUCAACACCAAAGGCUAUUACUCCAUGGCUUUGCAGGCGCUGGUGGACCACCAGGGGAAGUUCACCCACCUCAGUGCCGGCUGGCCAGGGAAAACCCAUGAAGCCAAGAUCUUCAACAAGUCUACAUUGUUCACCAAAGGUCAAGAAGGCACCCUCUUCACCCCAGGAACGAUUGAUAUCAACGGAGUAUCUGUGCCCAGAGUCAUCCUUGGAGGACCAGCCUACCCUCUUCUCCCUUGGUUGAUGGUCCCUUAUAUAGAAGAUCUGGAUGAUGCCAAGGAGGUCUUCAACACCACCCUGAGCCGGUGCCAGGAGCCCCUGGAGGAGGCCUUCAGCCGUCUGAAGGGACGGUGGCGAUGCCUGACGGGCCGCAAUGACUGUGCGGUGGAGAACCUUCCUCGCCUCAUCUCAGCCUGCUGCGUCUUACACAACAUCUGUGAGGAGAAAGGGGAGGCCUACGAGGAGACGUGGGAGGCUGAGGCCAAACAGCUGGCGGCCACCUUUGAACAACCCCUCCAGCGGCCUGACAUACGCAUUAAGCCGGCCGCUAGGUCCGAAAGGGUCAGGGAAGUUCUUUGUGCCUACAUCGCAAGCAUGGCGUGAAAAGAAAAUGGGAGAUCCUGGUGGAGGUAGAACUCAUCCUCUGUCAGAUGGAGGGGGGACAUUGUGUUGGCUACUUCAGCCUUCAGUCCUGAGGCCUCCUAAGGGCUUCUGACUUCAUAUUUGCUCCCUUGGGGCUCAGACAGAUGGACGUACCUCUGAGUAGAGCUGUAGGAAGUUGCACCGUGAGAGUCAGAGUGCAGUCACACUGUAGAAAUAAUGCAAUGUGAGACCACUUUGACUACCAUGGCUCCAUCCUACAGCAUCUGAGGA